CCUCGGGACAGUCAGAUACACACACAGAUCUCUGAUAUUUGACCGUGACGCAGGUUAGACAUUUGGUCAGAGAUAAUGCCGCUCCGCUACAACAACAAAGUGGCAGUUGUCACGGGAGGAUCUAGAGGAAUCGGCAGAGGCAUCGUCAGAGUGUUUGUGGAGAAUGGUGCCAAAGUGGUGUUUUGUGCUUUAGAACGUGAGGAGGGCGAGACCCUGGAGGCGGAGCUAAACAAAGCAGGGCCCGGUUCCUGCGUGUUUGUACCAUGCGAUGUCUCCAAAGAGGACAACAUCAAGAGACUGAUUGAGUCCACAGUGGAGCAUUAUGGGCAAAUCGACUGCCUCGUCAACAAUGCUGGAUGGCACCCGCCUCAUAAAACCACUGACGACACCACAGCAGAGGAGUUCCGAGACUUGCUGAAUCUAAACCUCAUCGGCUACUUUUUGGCGUCUAAGUAUGCAUUGCCAUACCUGCGGAAGUGUCAGGGCAACAUCAUCAAUGUUGCCAGUCUGGUGGCAACCAUCGGGCAGAUUGAUGCUGUGCCGUACGUCGCCACCAAGGGGGCGAUAAUCUCCAUGACAAAGGCGAUGGCCGUGGAUGAGAGUCGCCACAAUGUGAGAGUAAACUGCAUCUCUCCAGGUAACGUGCUGACACCUCUGUGGGAGGAGUUAGCAGGAAAGACUCCAGACGCUGCAGCCACCAUUAAAGCAGGAGAGAACUCUCAGCUGAUGGGUCGUAUGGGAACUGAGGUCGAACUUGGACUGACGGCCUUGUAUCUCGCUGCUGAUGCUACGUUUUGUACUGGGAUAGAGAUGCUGGUCAGCGGAGGAGCUGAACUCAACUAUGGCUGCAAGAGUCAGAUCCCAAACUGACUCUGGUCCUCCUGGUGGCUUCGGCCUCCUUACGCUUCCGGGGGAGCUACAUUUUCUACAGAUUAAUUUUGUUUAAUGCACAUUUACCCAUGAAGGUUGUUUCUUCUAUUUCUGAGAGAUAUAUUGAAGAUGAAGUGUAUGUGAAUAAAAGUAAAUAAACUGCCUGGGUUGGGAUCAGUUUGGCAUCCUGACCUAUCAUCCACUCCCACUAGUGCUUAAAACGA